AUGCCCAGCGACGGAGAAUUAGCCAACCAAGCUUUACACGAGGAGAGUAACUACAGAUUUCCCUCCUUCUCAGCGUCAGAUGCAGUCACGUUGGGUCUUUCUAUUCGCAAACGCUUCCGUGCAAGCUCCCGCCAUUCUAAAGGCAAAGGCCUUGUCAUCUCUAUACAAACCAUUGCAGGACACACACUAUUUUCAUGUACAGUUGGGGAUCUGGGACAUUCAUCUGGGAUUGGCGAUGUCAGUUUGGAUAGUUGGACGUGUUUGGAGGGCAUGAUCAGUGCGGUGCGCCGUACGGGGCACUCGAGUUACUAUGUUGAGAAAGGCAUGAGCGCGAUGGGCAAAACACCAAAGCAGCUUGGUCUCCCGGGAGAGUUACCGAGAAUACAAGGUGGUGCGUUUCCUAUAUGGUUGGAGAACGCGCCAUGUUGUCCUAUUGCUGUUGCGGGCUGCUAUUCUGGCUCUUCACAAGAUGAUCACAAUCUUGUGUCGACCACGGUCCGUGACUAUCUGAACAAAAUAUUGAGGAAUAGUGCAGGAGGAGACACUGCUGGACCGUCCAUGAGCAAUCCUAGUAUGCCCAUCCCUAAUAUACCUCCAAGAACAGAAAGUGUAAGUCGACCCAUUACACAAGCUGUUGUUCGUUUAAUGCUUGCCCAAUGUAGGAUUGGCUUCCUGAACCAAGUGAAUUCACGAGUAGACGUGCGGAGACAUAUGAUAGACACGAACUUGAGACUGAAUUCUCUCACUAGGAUGGAUCAAUGA